AACAGUCCUUUGAAUACAACUGGAUACCAGGGAUCAGUACAACCCGAGCCAUAGCAGUAGACACAAGUCUCCUGCACACUACCACUCUGGGUCCUGUGCUACAUACAGCAAACAGACAGCAUACAGAGGGAACCUAACUGGACGAGCUACUUAGAUGAAGAUGAAUCCAGCUUACACCAAUGAAGCUGCUAUAGAUGAAGAUAUGGAGGAGGAGACUGAAGUCCUGGUGCAAACCAUGCAGGAGGUGAUGGAUAAGUUAGCAGAGCUGAACCAGGAGCUGGAGAGUAUGGUGUCCUCUACUAUGAAGGACACAAGCACCCAAGAUCCCCUUGUAGACCCCAACGUCAAUGCAUGGGAUGCAAGGAAGGCCUGGGAGCGGUAGUUUAGACUUCAUCCUGAAGCUAACAGGGAUGAGGAGCAGCAGUACUAAAAGGGGUUAUUUACUACUGUGGGGGAAUGUUGGAUCGUGUCAUCAGGAAUGAGUGCUACAAGUACAUGGGAGGAAGUUGGGUCCCUGCACCUUCUAUGAAGGAAUCUAGACAAUAUUUUACAAUGACAUCCUUUGAUGACGUCAUUCUUGUAACAGGAGGGGAUUCACGCUCAACGGAAAUGGGAAAAUCAAAAUCCAUUGAGAUAUUUGAUGGAUAUACCUGGACACUUUUAGAACAAAACCUGUCAUUUGGAAGAGCUGGUCAUUGUCCUGUUAGAAUCAGUGACUCUACAGUGUUACUCAUUGGAGGACAGAACUAUAACAAAACUAUUCUUUCGACAAUAGAGCUCUAUGACUUUACUGGGAUUCAAUUAGACACUCUUCCAGAUAUGCCUACACCUAGGAGUGGAGCAGGGUGCUCUUUGUACCAGAAUGAAAUCUAUGUAGGCGGUGGCUUUGAACUCCCUGGGGACUACUGGAAACUACUGAAAACUGUUGAGGUUUACAAUCUUGAAGGCCAAGUUUGGAGAGAAGUCCAGUUAAUGAAACAGCCAAGAUAUUUACCCACCAUGGCAUUCGUCAAUGGUAACCUUGCUGUUUAUGGAGGACAAGAAAGCCCAAGCUCAAGUAUGGAAAUUUACACUGAAGAAGGUUGGGUUGAAAUUAGUAUGAAGUAUAAUCAUGCUGGUCAUGCUGGUGUGAUAGUUAAAUGUAAUUAAAAAAUAUAACUUUUUUGCCUACAUAGUAAAUACAUUUGUUUUCUACUUUAAACUGAUGAUUUUUU